AUGCGCGAAGUUAUCUCAGUCCACGUCGGUCAGGCUGGUGUCCAGAUCGGAAAUGCCUGCUGGGAGCUCUACACGCUCGAACACGGGCUGAGCCCUGACGGUCGUCUCAUGGAUGACUCGCCGUCGAAGCAUGACUCCGGUUUCUCCACUUUCUUCUCCGAGACGGGCAACGGCAAGCACGUCCCGAGAUCGCUCUACGUCGAUCUCGAGCCGGGCGUCAUUGACGACGUGAAGAACGGCCCGUACAGGUCGCUCUUCCACCCGGAGACGAUGAUCACCGGGAAGGAGGACGCCGCGAACAACUAUGCUCGCGGACACUACACCGUCGGCAAGGAGCUCAUUGACCCCGUCAUGGACAAGCUUCGCCGUUUGGCGGACAACUGCUCUGGUCUCCAGGGCUUCUUUGUCUUCCACUCCUUCGGUGGCGGCACUGGCUCUGGUUUCGGUGCGCUCCUGCUCGAGCGUCUCUCGACGGACUACGGCAAGAAGUCCAAGCUCGAGUUCUGCGUGUACCCGGCCCCGCAGCUGUCCAGCUCCGUCGUUGAGCCGUACAACUCGGUGCUCACCACGCACACGACCCUGGAGCACUCCGACUGUUCUUUCAUGGUUGAUAACGAGGCUAUCUACGACAUCUGCAAGAAGAACCUCGGCGUUGCGCAGCCCGGCUUCACCAACCUGAACCGCCUCAUCGCUCAGGUCGUCUCGUCGAUCACGGCUUCACUCCGUUUCGACGGCUCGCUCAACGUCGACUUGAACGAGUUCCAGACCAACUUGGUUCCGUUCCCGCGUAUCCACUUCCCUCUGGCCUCCUACGCGCCGCUGCUCUCUGCCGCCAAGGCGCAGCACGAGCAGAACUCCGUCGCAGAGAUGACCUUCUCCUGCUUCGAGAGCGGCAACCAGAUGGUCAAGUGUGACCCGAAGGACGGCAAAUACAUGGCUUGCUGCUUGCUCUACCGUGGCGACGUUGUUCCCAAAGAUACCCAGGCCGCUGUUGCCAGCAUCAAGACCAAGCGCACCAUUCAGUUCGUCGACUGGUGCCCGACUGGCUUCAAACUCGGUGUCUGCAACGAGGCUCCUGCCACCGUUCCGGGCGGUGACCUUGCCAAGGUUCCCCGCAGCCUUUGCAUGCUCUCCAACACCACCGCCAUCGCUGCUGCGUGGAACCGCCUCGACUACAAGUUCGACCUCAUGUACUCGAAGCGUGCCUUCGUCCACUGGUACGUUGGUGAGGGUAUGGAGGAGGGUGAGUUCUCCGAGGCUCGCGAGGAUCUCGCCGCGCUCGAGAAGGACUACGAGGAGGUCGGGACCGACUCCGCUGACGCCGAGGAGGAGGGCGAGUACUAA